AUGAUACGUCUGGGUCUCUUUUUUGGCCUUGCCGUUGUCACCGGGAUUGCCUUCAACUUGCUUGCUUUCGGACUUGACCCAAGAAGCUUCAUUCAUCGAGAACGUGUGCAGGCACCACCGCCAAAUGAUACAACGUCGGUUAUUUCCUCAUCUCCACACCCCUAUGUUCGUCCGGGAAUUGGCCAGUACAUUGUCCCAGGAGAAGAUACAUGCACACUCGAAGGUAUUCGAGAGAUGGUGUCGAAAACGAAAGGUUAUUAUGCUCGUGAUUACCCUCUUGGGCUCGGAUGGAACAACAUGCGCUACAUUAUGGAGGCAUCCCUACUGCACGCCAGCUUGCUGAACCGAACCUUGAUAAUCCCGUCGUUUGUUUAUGCCAGAGCUUGCGAGCACGAGAUAAGCAUCUGUGCAGAAUUCGCAACCAUGGUGAACCGUGGCGAUGCGAUAGGGUCAGAUGAAUGGCGUCAGCUUCCCAUUGAGGAGCAGAUGGGCUGGCGGAUGCCUGUUGGAGUCAUGGUUGAUCUCACCCACCUCCGACGCUUACACCCAGUGAUCACUACCUCCGAGUUCCUGCAACUCCAUGGCCUUAACAAUUCUUUAGAACAAACGGAUGGGACGUUCAGGGAGACAGCAUAUCUUGGAGCCUCCAUCGCGCCUCCGUUCACCAUUUCCAUCAUUCCCAACGGAGAAUUCGAUCAUGGGCCGCACGGGGAAGUUGUCCGUGUCGACAGACUGGCGCCUCUUCCGCCAGGGGUACCCACCAACACCACACGAAUUACAGCUGUGCUGCUUCAACGUUUAGAACACGACGCUUGGCAUACACUGGAUUUCGAAGAAGUGAAAAGGAUACUGAAAGAGGCAGGAUUGAGGGUAUGGGAGGGCGAGGAUGAACUAGAACAUCUGUUGGAGGCCGAGGGUUGGGUCUUACUGUAUACAUUUGGAGGGUGCGCCUCAUCCUUUUUCCACAAGAGCGUAGCUGAGCCUUCGAAGGAGGUUGGGCGCCGUGAGCACCUUCGCGGUUUCGUGGAUGAGUAUGGAGCCGCAACAGAAGAUGUUCUUCUUCUCAGAGGUGCUACACAUGGGGAUCGACCACCAGGUGAUCUUCAUUUCACGUCCGAAGCGGCUCGGAAUCAAUUCGAUUACAUGGUAUUGCAUGAUUUUCGUCCUAUCCCGUCUAUUCUCCAAACCGCGGCGGAUGUCGUUGACAGGAUGCGUAUCAUUAACGAAGGAAGAAUGUGGAUUGCAGCUCACAUGCGACGUGGAGAUUUUGUCCGAUUGGGAUGGCAAGCAGGGGAUACACUUGAGCAUCAAUUCGAUAGGAUCAAAGCCAGCAUAGCACAUGGGGCUAAGAUCUUACGGAACAUGGUGAAGAAUAAUGUAACUUGGACAACCUACAACGUUCCGAAUGUGACAGCCAGCGCCUCUUUCUCACACGCUCUCCCCCCGAGUGAAGGUGAUAAGUUCUUCCUGGCCACGGAUGAGCGCUCAAAACAAGCCUUGACGUACUUUCGUGAAAAUAAUGCCAACCUCAUCAUGGAUCUCCUCACACCUGACGACAGACGGAUGGUUGGGUGGCCUCUGCUUUUCACAGAUGUUUUGGGGAUCCUUGAGCAAGUCGUAAUGUCACAUGCUGCAUUUUUCCGAGGUUAUGGUUACUCGAGUGUUGAUGGUGGCGUUGUGAAUCUGCGUGCUGCAUUUGGGAUGGAUCCGCGAACGGUGCAGAUCGACUGGUAG